AUGUCGCAAGAAACCGCCCAGCUGACGAUUCAGGAAAAGGCACAAGCUGUCUACGAGCAAGCCCCUGGGACCUUAAAAGACUUUGAGUCAGCCUACAUUUUCAGCUCUGGAACUGCCAAAUGUCGGGAUUUUCCAAAGUUUGACACUUCUGAAAUUAAAAUGGGAGAAUUGUUAGGGACAGGUGGCUUUUCAGGUGUCAAGGAAGUCUUGGAGAUUGAAUUGCACAAUGACGAAAUAAUCCAUCAUGCCGAUGAGAGUAAUAAUAAUGACAAGGGCGUCGAACAAGACCAUCACCAUCACUAUGAUGUAUCCACGGCCCGUACUCACAUGGCAAAGCACACACAACGCCUUGGAAGUGCUCGAUAUGCCAUCAAGCGCCUGAAAGAUGAUCUGGACGAGUUGGAACGAGCACGAGGAGCCCUCGAUUUGGCAAUUGAAAUCAAACUCAUGAGCGCCUUUUGGCAUCCCAAUAUUGUGAAAAUGCGAGGAACCUCCAAUACAGAAAUGAUGAGCACCGAGACCUUCAUUGUUAUGGAUCGGCUCUAUGGCACUCUGAAUGACAAGAUUGAAACUUGGCAUCAAGAAAUGGCAAUGCUCACAGGUUGCUGCGGAAUCAAUAAGAAGCAUCCGGCAUUUCGUGAUUCCUUGAAGGCUAGGUUGUUGGUGGCCUACGAUUUGAGCGUCGCCUUUGCCUAUUUACACAAUUGUCGCCUUGUAUAUCGAGAUAUCAAACCAGAAAACAUUGGAUUUGAUAUUCGAGGAGAUGUCAAGAUCUUUGACUUUGGUCUCUGUCGAUCGCUGGAAGAAAAAGACAAGUGCAAGGACGGAGGAAGCGGAUACAAGUUGACCGCCAAGACUGGCAGUAUACCUUACAUGGCACCGGAAGUAGUAUUGAAUAAGCCAUAUGACGAAUCGGCGGAUGUCUUCUCCUUUGGUAUUUUGUUAUGGGAACUCUUGACCUUGGAUUGGGCGUUCAAUGGUCUGUCCACAAAGGAUUUCUUUAUUCAGGUGGCCAAGCACGGUCAGCGGCUACCGAUUCCCAAGAAUGCUCCACCCAUGACUCGAUCCAUCAUGCCAGAAGCAUGGCAUGCAGAUCCUUCCUGUCGUCCGACCAUGAGACGAAUAGGAGCUGUGAUUCGGGGUGAACUGGAGGACAUUGAUGAUGCCGCGGAAGUUGUGAAUCGGACUCAGCACAUGAUCAAUCGAUCCAAUCAUUCUCUACAAGGAUUCAGCCUGAGCAGGCAUAAACGAAAGGGCUCCUUGAGCAAUAGUCGGAAAGGGAGAGACUCGCUUCAUAGGAGUGAGUCACUCCACAGGGGUGAGUGA